AUGGGCCAUGUCAUACAGAGCAUGUUUAAAAUCAUUUUAAGUGUGGAAUCUAUAAUUGGGAGUUUUGGAAAUGGAUUCAUAGCACUGGUGAACUGCAUGGACUGGGUCAAGAGAAGAAAGAUCUCUUCAGUUGAUCAAAUCCUCACUGCGUUGGCACUCUCCAGAAUUGGUGUGCUCUGGUCAGUACUCACAAGCUUAUUUGUACCUUCAUUUUAUCCAGGUUUCUCAAUGACUGCAAAAAUGAUAAGAAUGAUUAAUAUUACCUGGACAGUGACCAAUCAUUUUAACCUCUGGCUUUCUACAAACCUUAGUAUCUUUUAUUUUUUGAAGAUAGCCAAUUUUUCUAAUUCUAUUUUUCUUUACCUAAAGUGGAGAGUUAAAAAGGUGGUUUUUGUGAUACUGCUGAUGUCCCUGAUCCUUUUACUUUUAAAUAUUGUAUUGAUCAACAUUCCUAAUGAUGUCUGGAUUGGUGGAAAUGAAAGUAACAUGUCUUACAUUUCCAGUUCAAGGAAGUUCGCACAAUUUUCCAGGCUUCUCUCAUUUACCAAUUGUAUGUUCACAUCCAUACCCUUCACUGUGUCCCUGCUGGCUUUCCUCCUGCUAAUCAUCUCCCUGUGGAAACAUCUGAAGAGGAUGCAGCACAAUGCCAGAAGGUCCAGAGAUGCCAGCACCUCGGCCCACGUGAAAGCCUUGCAGAUUGGGAUCACUUUCCUUGUACUAUAUGCCAUUUUCUUUUUGUCUCUUGUCAUACAAGCUUCGGGUUCUGAAUUUCAGGGAAGAAAGCUGGUCAUUCUGUUUUGCCAGGCUGCUGGAAUUGUGUUUCCUUCAGGGCACUCUCUUGUCUUGAUUUUGGGAAAUGGGAAGCUGAGACGGGCCUCUCUGUCAGUGCUGUGGUGGCUGAGGGGCAGGUCCAAAUGCUGA